CGCGGCGAUAAGAUAAGAACUUGGGAGCAGCGAAAAAAAUUGGCGACCAUCCAAACUGUUUGGCUUGGUGCAUCUGCAGCACUACGAAGACAGCUUUUUGUUUGUCGUCGCAAAUAUUUCACAAAAAAUGCCUAGACGAGCGGUUUCUCCGACAGGCUCCGAGCCUGAGCUCGACAUUUUAAAUUCUUUAUACCCCGAUGAUGACAAUGACGCUACGAAACCCGGAAAGAAGCAGAAGCAGAAGCAAGACGACGACGAUCUGGACUUCGAUAAUCUGAUCAACGGGCAACAAGAAGAUGGUGGAAGUGAUGCAGAGGGCGAUGAGGCUUUUAUCGCCUUGAAGCAGGCCGCUUCUUUCAGAAAAGCCGCCCAUUUGAAGGGCCGAACAGUCAAGAGAGGUGGUGGUUUCCAAGCCAUGGGUCUAAAUGCCAGUCUCCUUAAAGCCAUUGCACGAAAAGGUUUCUCGGUACCUACUCCUAUUCAACGAAAGACGAUCCCGCUGGUCUUGGAUAGAAAAGAUGUCGUGGGCAUGGCGAGAACAGGUUCAGGAAAGACGGCCGCCUUCGUAAUCCCAAUGGUCGAACGACUCCGAGCCCAUAGCGCCACAUUUGGAUCCAGAGCCCUGAUUCUGUCUCCUUCACGUGAAUUGGCUAUCCAAACACUCAAGGUUGUCAAGGAGCUAUCCAAGGGCACUGACCUCAAGUGCGUCUUGCUCGUUGGUGGUGACAGUCUCGAGGAGCAGUUCGGCUUCAUGUCUGGCAACCCCGAUAUUGUUAUUGCUACUCCUGGUCGUUUCCUGCACCUGAAGGUCGAAAUGUCUCUUAACAUCUCGUCAAUCAAGUACGUCGUAUUCGACGAAGCUGAUAGACUCUUCGAAAUGGGUUUCGCUACCCAGCUACAGGAAAUUCUCCACUCUCUACCUCGAUCCCGACAAACACUCCUCUUCUCAGCGACUCUGCCCACCUCCCUCGUCGAAUUCGCUCGUGCCGGUCUGCAGGAACCCAGCUUGGUUCGACUCGAUGCUGAUACCAAGGUCUCUCCCGAUUUGGAGAGUGCUUUCUUCUCUAUCAAGGGUGAAGACAAGGAAGGCUCUCUUCUUCAUAUUCUGCAUGAUGUUAUCAAAAUGCCUACAGGUCCUCCAGAAGGGGCUGAGAACGCGGACGGCGAAAAGAUGUCGAAAAAGAGAAAGCGUAUCAUGGAGAACUCGGCAGGCAAGCCUUCCAAGCAUUCUACUAUUAUCUUCACAGCAACCAAGCAUCACGUCGAAUACAUUGCCAAUCUUCUCCAGGCUGCUGGCUUUUCGGUUUCGCACGCCUAUGGUACCUUGGAUCAGACAGCUCGUCGCAUCCAGGUCGAGAACUUCCGCUUUGGAAGAACGAAUAUCCUUGUGGUUACUGACGUCGCCGCUCGUGGUAUUGAUAUCCCCGUUUUGGCAAACGUUAUCAACUAUGAUUUCCCCUCUCAACCCAAAGUGUUCGUCCACCGUGUUGGCAGAACUGCCCGUGCUGGCCAGCGAGGCUGGAGUUACAGCUUGGUGCGCGACAUUGAUGCACCCUAUCUGAUUGAUUUACAACUCUUCCUUGGCAAACCGCUCGUUAUUGGCCAAGAGAAAGAAUCGCCUUCAUUCUCCAACGAUGUGGUAGUGGGCUCUCUCAGACGUGAUGCUGUCGACGUCCAUGUAGAAUGGUUCAACCAGAAGAUCCGCAGCGACGUCGACAUUGAAGCACUCCGUGGCGUCUCGAUCAAGGCUGAGAAACUCUACAUGAAGACAAGAAACUCUGCUGCUAGCCAGAGUGCCAAGAGAGCCCGCGAGGUCGUCGCCACCAAAGCAUGGGUACAGAUGCAUCCUGUCUUUGGCAAGGCCGCCGAAGACGGCGAAGCUGCGCGUCUCGAAAUGAUGGCCAGGAUUAGCAACUUCAAGCCCCAGGAAACUAUUUUUGAAGUUUCCAGAACCGACAAGACUCGCGCUGAAGCCGAUGUCAUGCGAGAAAUCCGCAAGAAGAUCCAGCCGAGACGACGCCAAGAAGAAGAGGAGAAAAAGCAGAAUGAUGACGAAGAUGAAGAAAUGGGUGACGACUUCGUUGCGACAACGGAAGAAGCUGCCGUCGAGGACUUUGACGACGAUUUCAACGCCGACGCCCAGAGCGACGAGGACUCCGACGACGGACUCGAGGUUACAGUCACCAACACUGGCGGCAAGCCAAGCAAAGGACAAGACGACUGGAAAGACUCGGAAGUCUUCAUGUCCUACACACCACGAACCAUCAACGCCGCCGAAGAGCGCGGUUACGGCGUGCACUCUGGCGGCGCCUUUGUGGAGGCAGCUCGCGACUCUGCCAUGGAUCUCAACAACGACGAUUCAGCCAAGGCCUUUGGCGAGGCGUCCCGCCAGCGCCUCCGCUGGGACAAGAAGGGCAAGAAGUACGUUGCCCGCGCCAACGACGAGGACGGCUCCAAGGGUGCCAAGAUGGUUGUCGGCGAGUCUGGUGUCAAGAUUGCGGCAUCCUUCCAGAGCGGCCGCUUCGACAAGUGGCGCCGCGACAACCGCGUGGGCCGCAUGCCGCGCGUGGGCGAGAACGAAAAGUCCAACUCAGCCUCGAUGCUGCCCAAGGGCGGCGCCCGGUACAAGCACAAGCAGGAGCGUGCGCCCAAGGAGGCAGACAAGUUCCGCGACGACUUCCAUGUGCAGAAGAAGCGUGUGGACGAAGCCAGAGAGAAGCGUGUGGGCCGCUUCAAGGACGGCAUGGGCAGCAAGAAGGAAGUCAAGGGCAUGGACGACAUCCGCAAGGCCAGAAGGGAGCAGGCCAAGAAGAAGGCCAAGAAUGCUCGCCCGUCAAGGAAGCGCAACUAGUCUCUCUUGGGUUUGCGAUGCUGGGCGUUCUGGAGUCUUGGCUACGAGUUUUUACAUGUAUCACAUCCGUCACGUAGAUUAUCAUUAUCAUGUUGUAUAUGCAGGCAUAAAAAUUAAGUAAGGAAAGCAUAUCGGAUCAAAAAACAGUUCUUGAUUAAUCGUGGCUGUAUAUAUAUGCUAGUGCUCAAAAGUACCAAAACGUGCUCAUCUAAAAGGCUGCCUCCAAGGCAUGCAUAGCUAUGCAGAAAGAAGAAAGAUAAAAAACAAAAAUCCAUCAAUAUGGCCAAGAUAGGUAGCUGUAGCGAGUUAAGCUAGCUUGCUUCCCCAUUGCCAAUAAACGCCGGCGCUAAUGUUUAUGUAAACGCUGUCAUAGCCAUGACAGUCGACAGGGAAUAAAAGCAAAAUGUAACGAAGAAAAUGCAAAACCGCACAAGAUUGCGGUAGGGUAUAAUAUGAGUCCCUAAAGAAAUGGAAAUAAAGACGAUACGUAAGCAUCUUACGCUACCGCCUCCAAGUCAUUAACCCAUUGACGGACAGAAUCACGCAAAAGGUUAGGGUGACGGCCAUGGCGGUUCGCUUGUGCUUCACCAUUGUCGUCGCGAGUCUCUACCACAUCACGAAUGACGUCUUCAAGAGCGCUCAGGACAAUGGCCUUGCAUUGCACCCUAGGGAUAUCAAGAGGUGCGUCCGCUAGUUGUGUAAUUUCCGACAAAGUAUCGGGGGUUCCAACUGAGACGCUAUCGCGGCCCUCCGUGUGCGUAUGAGAAGAGGCAGACGAGGUAUCCUUGCUAGUCUCUGGAGUCAGAUAAAGAAUCUUUUCCAAAGCCUCAACGAGUGUCUCGUCAGACUCUGUAAUCUGCUCCUCAAUCCACUCUUCGUCUAGCUGAGUCUCGUACGGGACGAUGGACGGUGUCAGGAUAUUGGAGCCAUGGGCAGGCACAGCUGUAAUGCCAGGUCUCUCAUCGGAACCCUUGUUCUUCACCAGGCGUCGAUAGAUAACUCUGGUGAUGGAGUUGGUAGUGGUAUCGGCAAUAACUGCAGAUCCAACAUCGACCCAACGCUCAUGCUGGCCAUCUUCCAAGCCGUGUGGCACUUGAGGGGUAGGUUCGGCUCGCAAAGCAGCCUUGACCUUAUCCAUGAGAUUGCUUUGAGGUGGUAUGGCCUGGAGGGCAAAGUCAGGGUGGAAGCGGUUCAGCCAGCCAGCAGCGUUGAUAGGGUUGUCACCAUCGACAAAGACACGGGUGGAUUGUUCAAACGCGUCGAUGCCAGGUAACCCUGGUGUUGACAAAUAGCCGCUGCUUGAUGGCGAACUAAUGGCGGAUUCAAAGGACGCAAUGUAGUCCGGGAAGGGAAUAUCGACAUCAAUGACGCCAUCAUCUGCGUUGAUUGAGGUCUUUACAGGCGAUUCAAAGGCACCAGUUGGGUCAGGAGUCCGGUCUUGCUGGGAAAACGAAAAUCGGCCACGGGUUGAGCCCCUUUGAGGCGUGGUAGCACCUUGAUCCAGCGUAGUUUGUCUGGGCGAGCACGACAGCAAGUCAUCGUCUGCCUCCUCGGUAACACUGAUCUGCUGGACCAUUUGAGAUAGCUGAUCGGUGUUCGAGAAGGUCUUCUUGAUAGGCGAUCUUGGGUCGCUAAAUUGGCUCUGACUUGUGCUGUCGUUGGAAUCGCGGCGUUUGGGGCUCCAAAGCCCACUGACGAGACUACCCCAUUUCAAUCCUUGGCUAGUACUGCGUGAACUAUUGGAGCUGACACUUGUGUUGCUCUCCCCCCGCUUAAGCGAGCGCUUCAGGUCUUCCGUCGCAGCACUAGCAGCGGUGCCAGUACGGUAGCGCAGGAGAGUAUCUGAGCGCUGAAGCGUCGUAAAGUGAGGAACGGUGCUCUCGGGAACCACAGUCGUCGUUGUCGCUGCACUGCUCUUGCGGCUUACAAAGUCACCACCAGGCAUUGGAAGAUUGAGCGUGCGGAUAGAUGCGGCAUCUGAUGCUCGUCGCUGGUGCCCGUGUUCCUUGCCCACCUGUGGCAACGUAGAUGGUACCACAGAGUUGCGAGCACUUUGGCUCCCAACCUUGGAAUGAGACGCUCUGCGGAGUCCACUACGUCGGUUAAUCUUGCGGCGCAGAGACUCUUCUCGCAAUACCGGCACGACAUAGGUAGGCGGAGAGUUGGAAUAAGGUCCAACAGAUGCUGAGAUGCUAGGGCGAUGGGCUCGUGGCGCGUUGAUUUGCUGAUUUGAGGGUAAAAAGGCAGAGAGCAGGAAGAUGAGUCGGCGGGCAGCCAUCUUGUCAUCAGAAAUGAUGAUUGUUCUAGCCGGAAGAGCCAUAUCAUCCUCAUUCUUCUUUUGCAGUUGUAUCGCCAGUUUCCUCUUGUAGGACGGACUACAUAAAGCUUGUAGCCAAUCCGUAUGGGUGGCGAGGAAUCCUGUCAAGAGGUUGUAGAGGAAGGGACCUUUAUCCAGGCUAGAUGUCCACUUGGCAGCCCAGAUGGCUUCAUCACGCCAGAUACCCCAUCGCCCUUGGCCGGUGACAACUCGUGCAACGCUGAGGCCCAUGACGAUACGGCUGCGAGCUGAACCGACUUCUGCAGCAAUGCCGGCAUCGUCGGCGAGACAAUUAGGCCAUAGUGAUACGAGCUUUGUAGUGCUCUUUGGUGGCUUGAUUCUCACAUACUCGGCGCUGCGGCGUUCGUUGACUGAGGAUGUCCUUGACGUGGGUGUAGAUGAGGUGUGAGUGCCAGGUGAGGCUGCAUCAGCACGCUUUAGCAUCCGGUGAAUUUUGCUUGCCGCAAGAGACUGAAGAUGAGUAAGUGUCCUCAUGAUAACGUCCCAGUGCUUCGUGAGCGGGUCGAUUCUAUCCUCAACCUCCCAAGAAAAUGG